UGAACACAACGGUUUUGCGUGGGAUAGCGAUCGCAGUACGACUUAUCAUUUUGCGUAACAGCACUUCGUGAAUAGAGUGAAUAUUUGACGACUGUAAUUAUUUCAAGUAGUAUACAAGGAAAGAGAAAUACGCGUCAAGUGUAUAGAAUUAUUCGUAGUUAAUUAUCGUGUUCCCUGCCCCAUUCGAAGAUUCCGAAAUGGCCGAACUCAUUGCGAUACCGCUUAAAAAGCCGUCUGACGUUGACGUUAUAAAACCACUGACAAACGUUAUUAAAUCUACUUAUAAUUCGGCUACUAAUCAAAAAGAUUACACCGAGGCGAUAAACGACUUCAGCAAAUUACGAAACAACGCUUUGUGGCGAGCCUUUGAAAAAUACGAGAGCUCCUUAGAGGUUAUUUACAGUUAUUAUGACCAGUUGUGUGCUCUAGAAGCCAAAAUACCAGCUCAUGAGCUUCAGAUACCAUUCAAAUGGAAAGAUGCAUUUGAUCGUACAAUUUUUGGUGGCAAACUAAGUUUGACAAUCAGCACCUUGGCUUAUGAAAAGUUGUGUGUCCUCUUCAACAUUGCGGCUCUUCAAAGUGCCGUUGCGUCUAUUCAGUCACUCGAGAGCGAUGAAGGCUUGAGGCUAGCUGCGAAAUUGUUUCAGCAAUCGGCAGGAAUCUUCAAUUAUCUGAAAGCUAACGUAAUGUUAGCAAUACAGCAGGAGCCAACUCCUGACAUGAGCCCUGAUACUCUCGGUGCUCUCUCAUCUCUGAUGCUGGCUCAAGCUCAAGAGAUAUUCGUGCACAAAGCCAUUCACGAUUCGAUGAAGGAAGGAAUCAUCGCUAAGUUGGCUGCCCAAACGGAGGAACUCUAUGCUGAUACUAUGAAACAGUUUCAGAAAGAAAUUUUCCGUUCGUUCUGGGACAAGGAAUGGGUCCCGCUGAUCGCAGGAAAGCAAGCCGGCUACCGAGCGAUGGCUGAAUUCUAUCAAAGUUUAAUCUGCAAAAACACUAAAGUCAUUGGCGAAGAAAUCGCCAGACUUGAGCACGCUGUCGAGCUUUUCAAAGCUGCACAACAACGAUCCAACAAGCCUUCAUUGUUCCAAGAAUACGCGAAUAGAGCUCAGAGGAAUUUGACCGAAGUGAAAAAAGACAAUGAUUUCAUUUAUAACGAAAGGAUUCCGGACAUCAAAAGUUUGAAUCCAAUUGGAAAAGCGAGUUUGGCUAAGCUGAUACCGCCAGCACAACCCAUGAGCGCAAAUUUCAAAGAUUUGUUCGAGGAUUUGCUCCCAGUGAUGGUUCACCAAGCUCUUUCUUCCUACGAAGUACGUAAAAACGAGCUCGUCAAUUCGGAAAUAUCAAAACUGCGAGAAAUGACACAAGUUUUAAACAGCGUAUUGGCCAGUCUGAAUUUACCGGCAGCGAUCGAAGAUAUGAGUGGUACCGAAUUGCCACAAUCUUUGCUCGAGAAAGCAGCGAGCGUGAGGAUCGCCGGUGGCAUAAAAGCGCUCGAAACUGCGAUGAACGAAUUGCCCGAUUUACUUCAACGCAACAAAGAUAUUUUGGACGAGUCGGAAAGAAUGCUUCAAGAAGAGCGCGAUUCCGAUAAUCAAUUGCGAGAGCAAUUUAAAGAACGGUGGAAUAGAAUUGCCAGCAAAGAGCUGACAGCACAAUUUUCGAUGAAUGCCCAGAAAUAUCGUGAGAUAAUCAACAAUGCUGUGGCUGCGGAUAAGGUGGUCCGUGAGAAAUUUGAAUCUCAUAGAGAAGGAAUGGAAAUUCUUAGUAUGGACGAAAGUCGAUUGAAUUCCGCUGUGCCUACCGGAUCAGCUGUUCAAGAAAGUCAAUCGGUAAUCCGUUUGCGACAACUUAUGGAAAGUGUGGAAACUCUCAAGGCUGAACGAGACGUCAUAGAAAGCGAAUUGAAGUCCGCGACGAUUGACAUGAAAACGACAUUUUUGUCAGCUCUCGCCCAAGACGGCGCAAUCGACGAGCCCAACUUGUCCGUUGAGAAUAUUGGCAAGUGCUACGGUGCCUUGAGCAAUCAAGUUCGGGACAGUCUUGCUCGGCAAGAAACUUUGAUCAAUGAUAUUCAGAACGCUCACGCUGCUUUUACCCGCGAACAAUCGGGAUCUGGCAGUACGCGGGAAACUAUGCUGUGCAAGUUGGCCGCAGCAUACGAUGCUUUCAAAGAAUUGAAGAAUAAUUUGCACGAGGGAGCCAAAUUUUACAACGAUUUGACGCAAUUGCUCGUUGUCUUCCAGAAUAAAAUAUCAGAUUUUUGUUUUGCUCGAAAAACCGAGAAGGAGGAAUUGAUGAAGGACUUGACAACGAAUUUAAGUCAUGCGGGCCCGGCUACAACACCGAGUAUCCCGGCUCAUCACAGUGGACCCAGUGGCAUAAAUCCGACGCAUGAAAGUGCUCCGUCCUUACCGUAUCCAACGACUUAUCAAGGCGGUAUGCCAAUUCCAUACGGUGCAACUCCCGCCACUCCGUAUCCAACUUACGUUCCUCCGCCGAUGCCAGCGACCUACAAUCCUUACGCAACAAUGCCGUACCCGACUCAAGGUCAGCAAUACCAAUAUCAAUACCAAGGUCCGCAACAACCGCCUUACAACGCUUUUGCAACGCUUCCUCGUUACACGGGACAAGGUCCGCCACCACCGUCUAAUCCUCACUCGUUCUUCUAAAUCGUAUAUGUUAUUAUUGUAGAAAGUAAGUAUUUGAGAAAAAAUCGAACUGGCAACUGAUCGAGUAAACGCCGACUGAUUUUUCAACGCCACGAAGAAAGUACGUCACAAAAUAUUUGAUUUUCAGCCUACCGGCAUUUGUAAAUUAUUUUAAAAAUGCUUUCUUUUUCCGAGCACUAAAAACGGGAUCUUUGAGAGCAUUAUUAUUUCCCACGGCCGAUACUUCGCCGAUGAAUUUUACAUUCCCCGUCGAAGUGUAUAUUUUUUACGAUAAAAUAAUACGAUACGCGAGGUCUCUGUAAUAAUUGAAUCCAAUGUUGAGUCCUUGAAAGAAAAGCUUUAUAAUGAAUUCAUCAAUCGAUGGCCUUUCGAAUCGAGUGAGAUUAUCAUUUUCGAAUAUAAUUGUUAUACCGAUUCUAAUAACGCUGCUAAAAUCAUGUAUAAAACUAUUUUUAAUGGACUAUGAGAAUUAUGAUUAAAUAACGCUUCGAGAGUCCCUGAGACUUUUGUAGUCCAACCGUAUUAUUGAAAACUGUUAUUAUUACUUACAUUGAUAGCGCUAAAGAGCAACUUUUAACACAUUUGUAUAUUUUUUUGCACUAACGACAAAUCGAUGAUAUUGGGAUGAUGGGUUAUUUAACAGCAAUGCAGUAAUUGUGGAUAAUUCCUCUUCAGAUAUUGCUUUUGUCUAUUGGACAAAUAAAUAAAUAAAUAUAUUGUAUAUGACACGCUCAA